AUGGCACUUCUUGGCUUGUUGAGCUUGCUUUAUGAGUAUUUGAGGGAGAACCUCAAUAUUGUCUUGUGCUGGGACAAUGUCAGGAAUAACUCCAUGAUUUUUACCUAUUAUUGGGAUAGCCAUUUAGUUCCGGUUCUUCAGUUCUCCAAGCGACUCGUUGAGCUGCAUCCACAUUUUCAUGUCACAUGCAUCGUUCCCUCACUCGGGUCUAUCCCAAGUGCCUCAAAAGCCAUCCUCAAAACCCUUCCACCAAACAUCAACCACGUUUUUGUUCCACCGGUGAACCUCAAAGACCUACCACAAGAGACUCCCGUAAUUCUCCAAAUUCAUCUAACCAUGACUCGCUCCAUGCCAUCUAUACACAAGGCCUUGAAAUCCUUAACUUUAGAGACCACCCUUGUGGCCAUGGUGGUUGAUCUUUUGGCCUUUGAAGCACUAGAUUUUGCUCAAGAGUACAACAUGUUGUCCUACGUUUACUUCCCUUCCUCAGCUACCACACUCUCCACGCACUUGUAUUUGCCCAAGUUGGACGAGGAAACAUCAUGCGAGUAUAGGAAUCUCAUAGAUCCUAUUGAAGUACCUGGUUGUGUACCAUUCCAUGGUCGUGAUCUCUAUACCGUAGCUCAAGAUCGGACUGACCCAGUUUACAAAAUCUUGCUCCAACGUGUUAAACGAAUCCGUUAUGUUGAUGGGAUCUUUGUUAAUAGCUUCUUGGAAAUGGAAAAUGGUCCCAUCGAAGCAUUGAAAGACGAGGAAAGGGGGUACCCUUGUGUGUAUCCCGUUGGACCAAUUGUUCAAAGUGGUGAUGAUGCAAAAGGGUUGGAUUUGGAGUGUCUAAAAUGGUUGGACAAACAGCAAGUUGGUUCGGUUUUGUAUGUUUCUUUUGGUAGUGGUGGAACAUUGUCAAAGGAACAAAUGAAUGAGUUGGCUUGUGGUUUGGAGUUGAGUAAUCAUAAGUUCUUAUGGGUUGUGAGAGCACCAAAUGAUACAGUCGAUGUUGCUUAUCUUGGUGCACAAAAUGAUGUGGAUCCGUUGCAAUUUUUACCAUGUGGGUUUUUGAAUAGAACCAAAGAGCAAGGUUUGGUUAUUCCUUUAUGGGCACCUCAGGUUCAAGUCCUUGGUCACAGAUCAGUUGGUGGGUUCUUGACUCACUGUGGUUGGAAUUCGACCCUUGAGAGUGUGCUGAAUGGUGUGCCACUCAUCACAUGGCCACUGUUUGCGGAGCAGAGAAUGAAUGCGAUUGUGCUGAGUGAGAGUCUCAAAGUGGGAGUCAGACCAAAAGUUAAUGAAAAGGGGUUGGUGGAAAGGGAAGAAAUUGUUGAAGUGAUCAAGUGUUUAAUGGAAGGGGAACAAGGUAGGGAAAUGAGAAAAAGAAUGAAGGAAUUGAAAGAAGCUGCUAUUAAUGCUAUCAAGGAAGAUGGAUCUUCAACAAAGAAUCUUUCUCAGGUAGCACUUAAGUGGAAAAGUUUGGUAUAGGAAAAUAAGUUUAGAAUGCUCUGGUUUAUGUGUUUCUGCUUCGUAAUAACACGCAUUAUUUAUGUGGUUUCCUGGCACUAGUAAACAUUUAUGAGUUUCUGAUAUAGAGUGAGAUCAUGAUGAUGAUUUGCGGUAUUAAGAUCAUAGUAUAGCCACAAAUUAUUAUAUAAUUCAAAAUUAUCGAUAAUCAAACGAUCAUGUUGCUAUGAUUUUGGAUA